AUAUCACUACCCCUGCUUACACAUAUUGCAUAUGUCUGGAUUCAUUGUUGCUCUUCACUCCUAGUUCUUUUGACAACUCUCUCUCUCUCCCUCUCUCUCUCUCUCUCUCUCUCUCUCUCUCUAUGGAUGCUGAUCCUUUAGAAAAAUCAUCAUCCUUGAGCUUGCCUCUUAUUCUUGGUGAGGGGCAGCAUGAGCAAGCUGGAAGCAAGGUAGUAGAAGAAGUAGAGUCAAGCUUUCAUCACCAAACUACAGCCACAACCUCCUUCCUCAAAACCUGUUUCAAUGGACUCAAUGCACUCUCAGGGGUAGGAAUACUGUCAGUUCCUUAUGCACUAGCAUCAGGAGGAUGGCUAAGCUUGAUCUUCCUUUUCUUAAUUGCGGCUGCAGCCUUCUACUCAGGUUUGUUAAUCCAGAGAUGCAUGGAUGUGGAUUCUGAUAUAAGAACUUAUCCGGACAUAGGCGAACGUGCAUUCGGGAAGAAGGGAAGAAUACUGCUGUCGAUUGUCAUGAAUGUAGAACUCUACUUGGUUGCAACAGGAUUCCUAAUUUUGGAAGGAGAUAACUUAAACAAUUUAUUUCCCGGCGUAGAAUUAGACGUGAUCGGAUUAAGAAUUGGCGGAGAACAGUGCUUUAUAAUCGUUGUUGCCCUCAUUAUUCUGCCAACAGUUUGGUUAGAUAACCUGAGCCUUCUUUCUUACGUAUCUGCAAGUGGAGUUUUAGCCUCUGCCAUCAUCCUCGGUUCGAUUUUGUGGACUGGUGCUUUUGAAGGAAUUGGAUUUCAUGAAGAGGGCACACCACUGAAGUGGAAUGGAAUCCCUACGGCUAUUAGCUUGUACGCGUUUUGUUACUGCGCGCAUCCGGUGUUCCCGACUCUCUACACUUCAAUGAAAAACAAACGUCAGUUUUCCAAUGUUCUUCUCCUAUGCUUCAUCUUGUGCACCAUGUGUUAUGCAUCAAUGGCAGUUUUCGGUUACCUAAUGUUUGGAUCUACGGUUCAAUCACAAAUAACUUUAAAUCUCCCAACUCACAAAAUCAGCUCAAAAGUCGCGAUAUACACCACGCUGGUCAAUCCCAUAUCCAAAUAUGCUUUGAUGGUUACACCAAUUGUGAAUGCUGCAAAGAAGAGGUUCCCGAGUCACUACAACAAGAGACUCAUCGGCAUGUUAGCCAGCACCACCUUGGUGACAAGCACCGUUAUAGUAGCUUUGGCUAUACCAUUUUUCGCUUAUCUCAUGUCACUCGUCGGAGCAUUUUUGAGUGUAACAGCUUCAAUUAUAUUGCCGUGCUUGUGCUACCUUAAAAUUUCAGGUAUUUAUCGACGCCUUGGAUGUGAGAUGUUGAUUAUGGGGCUUAUAUUACUACUGAGUGCUGCAGCAGUUGUAUUCGGCACUUACACAUCUUUAGUAGAAAUAAUAGGGCACUGGUAAACGGAUUCUCUUUGUGGCCAAUAUAUUUGUUUCAGUGGCAGUUUUCAAAUUCAUCCUCUCUUUCUUUCGAGAUAGUAUAUCAGCAAGCUGCUGCAGUUUGUACCAAUCUGCAUCGUAUGAAAAAACAGACUCAGAGUUGGAGAGGUCUAGGAUUUGUAAACAGGAGUGGCUUUAGUUAUUGAAACUACAGAUGCUUCCUUUA